CUAAUCUCACAAACAUUUUGACUCUCUUUCUCUCUCUCUCUCUCUUUUUCUCUCUCAUUCUGUUAAGUAUUCGGUAUUCAGUCCAAACAAAAAAACCUAAUGGAAAUGGGCGAUCAGUACGGCCUGCCUGAUCUCCGGCGAUUCCUAGCCAGGAGGACUCAUUUUCCGGACCACACACAACCCUCUGAACCCUACUUCACUCACACUCAUAGAAACAUGGCUCCAUUAGCUCCAUACCAUGAAGCCUUCAUGGUGAGCAAUGGGAUGGCAGUGCCUAGCAGCUUGAUUAGGUUUGGCCAUGAUCAUUUCGCAGGUGCUUCUGCCACCACUACUGCUAUUGCUGCUUCAGCUUCUUCGGCUGCUGCUUCUGGUCCUUGCGCAGCACUGUUUGGAGUUGAGAUGGAGAGUAGUGGGAUUGGAUGGAGUCUGGGAAAUAUUGAAGGUGGAAACAGCCGGUGGCCCAGGCAAGAGACUCUCACACUGCUUGACAUCAGAUCUAGACUUGAUUCCAAGUUCAAAGAGGCCAAUCAGAAAGGACCCUUGUGGGAUGAAGUCUCUAGAAUCAUGGCCGAGGAACACGGGUACCAGAGAAGUGGGAAGAAAUGUAGAGAGAAGUUUGAGAACCUGUACAAAUACUACAAGAAAACUAAGGAAGGUAAAGCUGGAAGACAAGACGGCAAGAAUUACAGAUUCUUCCGCCAACUUGAAGCCCUUUAUGGAGAAACAAGCAAUCAGAGUUCACUCUUGGAAACCAACCUUGCCCAAAGGACUCUUCUUUGCCAAACUCCAAACAACACAAUGAACCAGGAAAAUCAAGAAUUCUUGCAAGAGCAGAAGCUGAGUGAGAGCCUUACUUUCUCCAACGCCUCCGAAUUUGAGACUUCAUCGUCGGCAAACAAUGAUGAAGACCUUUCAGCCAUUGCUUUUAUGAUGAAACAGUCCAUGGUUGAAAAGCAGAAGAGUAUCAAUGAGAGUGGAAGUAGUUCGAGGGUUAAGAAGGGCUGGAAAACAAAGGUUAAGGAUUUUGUGGAAUCACAGAUGAAGAAGUUAAUCUAUUCACAAGAUGUGUGGAUGGAGAGAAUGUUGAAGGCCAUUGAAGAUAAAGAGCGAGAGAGAGUGUCGAAAGAGGAAGAGUGGAGGAGACAAGAGGCUGCACGGUUUGACAAGGAACACGAAUUCUGGGCGAAGGAGAGAACUUGGGUUGAAGCACGUGAUGCUGCAUUACUGGAUGUUUUGAAGAAGUUUACAGCUGGGAAAGGACUAGAAGUUUCAUCCUCAGCUGAAGCGCCUGUGAUUACUGAAACGCAUAGCCACAACAAAAACCAGCAGGAUGCGAUUAACACAAACAGAUGGACUGAACAUGAAAUCUCAAGCUUGAUACAGCUUCGAAAAAGCUUCGAGCCAAGAUUCCAGGAAGCUGGGUAUUCAAAGGAAAGCCUGUGGGAAGAAAUAGAAGCAAAAAUGGUGGGUUUGGGGUAUGAACGUGACGCAGUUGAGUGUAAAGAAAAGUGGGACAAUAUGCAGAUGUACUUCAACAUGACAACAGGGUGUUACAAGAAGCGCAAAGAGGACUACAGGAGCAGUAAUUAUUUUCAGCCGCUUGACUCCUGUGAUGGUCAAGAAAACAAUACUAAUACGGUCAAACAAAGGGAUUCACCUUCAAAUUCUUAUGUGGGCACUCAUCAACAGCUCCAUGACACUAACUCCUUUCAAAUUGCUGUACGCCAAGGAGAUCAGCGCUUAUGGGACAGGUAUGGAUUGAAGCUGGGUAAGGGGAAGAAUCAGCAAGUUUAGUUGUGUCUUUGUUUAUAGCUAGUAGCUAGCUACUAGCUAGCAGCUAGCAGCUAGUGCUAGUACUGCUACAGAAACAGCUUUAACUAUUGGUGAGGAGGCGAUGAGGGAUUUUCACUUGUUUUAUCUGUGUAACAAAUUAAAAGCACUGACUAUUGAGAACUUUUAUUAGUAGGAAAUUAGUGCUUAAAAUGUCAGGAAAAUUAAGCUUGGUAAAUUUGGACUUUGGAGUCAAUGACAUCAAUUCAAAGGGUUUAAUUUAACUAAAACAAAUGAAAGAAGACCAUUAAUUUAUUUGUACCUGGCU